AAAGGCCAAAAACCAACGGGCGCGAUCAGACUCACCAGUCGUCAGGUUACCUAAUCCUUGGCUCCAGUGAACUCCUUCCUUCCUUCCUUUAUUGGCCAAACAGAUCCAUCGAGUCGGAUCCCAUGGCGAGCGGCGCUUACCCCGUGCAGCUCCUCCACCUCCCUGGCGGCGGCGGCCAAUGGUGCAACCUCGGCGCCGCCUACGCCGCCGUGACGUUCCUCCGCCCGCAGGGACAGUCCCUGGUCCUGUACGCCGCGGGCCCCGACGGCCAGCCGCAGCGCAUCGUGUUCGUGUACCCGAUCCUCCCCGGCGACGCCUUCGAGAGGCUGGACGGCGCGACGCUCUCGUGGGCGGAGCCCGAGUCCGGGAACGGGUUUGCGCUCUGCUUCCUCGACGACGCCGCGUGCGGGGCCGUGUGCGGCGCCAUCGCCCCGGUGGUGAGGAGCCCGGCGGUCGACGGCAUCGCGGACACCCUGGCGGGGCUCCGCGUGGCGAGGGAGGACGGCGCGCCGGCGCCCGGCGGAGGGGACAUCGCCGCGCGGCUCGCGCAGCUCAGCAUCGGCCGCCCGUGAACUGAAAUCUAACCAGCUACUGCUGAUACAGACUUGAGCUAGGUUUCAGUUUUCAGUUAGGCCGUCGUCUUCAGUCGUUGUCGACGCGAUUCAGCUGCCUGUUUAACCUGUACUGUACAUACAUACAUACACUGCACUAGUAUCUGCUAAAUCUUAUCGGAAUCAACAAUGGCAGUGCUCUUCUCUCAUGACUCUCUCUAAGAGUGCAAGAUUUGUUCUUCCA